AUGUCAUCAAGUGCGACAGCAAGCGCGACGUCCAGUGCGACUUCGGCAGCUGCCAGCACGUCGGAAGCAGCGUCACUGGUCGACACCACCAACCCGACCUUUAAGAUCAUUGGAGUGUGUCUAGCUGUUGGAAGUGGACUGUUCAUCGGUACCAGUUUCGUGAUCAAGAAGAAGGGCCUGCUCAACUCGACAGCCAAGCACGGAAACGUCGUGGGCGAGGGCCAUGCAUACCUCAAGAGCCCUAUGUGGUGGACGGGCAUGACACUCAUGAUCAUCGGCGAGAUCCUCAACUUUGUCGCCUAUGCCUUUACAGUGGCCAUCCUCGUCACCCCUAUGGGCUCCAUCUCGGUCGUCAUCGCUGCCAUUCUCUCGCACUUUAUUCUCAAAGAGACACUAACGUUUUUCGGAUGGAUCGGGUGCACGCUGUGUAUCAUGGGCUCGGUCAUCCUCGCCCUCAACGCUCCCGACACGGGCUCGGCACGCACCAUCAAAGAAUUCGAAAAGCUCUUUGUGUCACCUGGCUUCUUGGUCUGGGCGAGCCUCUGUAUCAUCGCGUCUCUGGUCCUCGUGUUCUACGUGGCGCCCCGCUGGGGCAAGACCAACAUGAUGCCCUACAUUUCAGUGUGCUCGCUCAUUGGCGGCAUCUCCGUGUCCUGUACCCAAGGCCUGGGCGCGAGUAUUGUGACAAGUAUCCAGGGCGAGAGCCAGAUCAAGGACUGGUUCUUCUGGUUCCUCACAGUGUUUGUCGUGGUGACAUUGUUAAUAGAAAUCAACUACCUCAACAAGGCGCUGGAGCUCUUCAACACGUCCAUGGUCGUCCCCGUCUACUUUUGCUACUUUACGUCCACUACGAUGAUCACGUCGUUUAUCCUCUACCGUGGCCUCAAGGCUUCCGCCGCGACGCUCAUCACCAUGGUCCUGGGCUUCCUCGUCACUUGCCUUGGCAUCACCUUGCUGCAAAUGUCAAAGGUCGACCCUACAAAGCUCAACGGUCUCGACCGCAGGUCUACCAUCCUGCUCCAGGCCUCGCGCCACACCACCGAGGCCGAUGAAAAGGGCGACGUUGCCGCCAUGGAGGAGCCCGGAAUGGACGCGCUCCGUGGUGGUUUCGGCGCCGUCGGUUCGAUCAUCCGUGCCCGUAGCAUGUCCAGGCGUCUGAGCCGCAACUCGUCGGCUGCGUCGCGUGGGCCAUACCCGUUCGCGUCGUCGCACCAAACGGCCCAGCCCAACCUCAACACCCACGGCCUUGCCCACCUGCCCCGCUACCAGCUGUCUGACAACCCCGUCCCCGAGGACGACAUUGAACACAUUUCGCUCAGUGAACAGGCGACUGCAGGCGGCAGCAGCAUUGGCGGCAUGACCCCCAGGUCGAAGAGCACCCUCAAGUUUGACGACGCCGACAUGGUCCACCACUACGGAUAUACCAAGGGCGGACACACGGACGCACUGCACACGGUUCGUCAACACGACGAGCUGCGCCAGCUGCCACCUUUGCCCCGGACCGAGUCGCCCGAAAAGGAGUACGCCGACCCGUUUGACCACCUACCCCCGCAGCAGCGCGCCGAGCGCAAGACGAGUUUCACUCAGCUCUUUGGCUCGUUUACACAUGGCGACUUGACAUCACCAGUGAGCCCCAUCAGGGGCUCCCCCUCGACAGAGCACGGCCAGUCGCUCGCCCACGGGUUCCGUUCCUCCUCGGGCGACGACAAGCAGGUCCGCGGCGGCGCGCACCGUGGUGUCAAAGACUACCCACACCUGUCCAAGCACGAGCAGGCGACCGAGCGCGAGGAGCGCACCGCGUUGGUCCGCCCCGAGAGUCCCAGCGAGGACGGCCACGGCCAGCUGCCACACCAGCUGUACGAGGGUUUCCCAGAGGUGGACCUGUCCAGCCCCAUGCGCUCAAAUUCGCCAGACCAAAUCUCGGGCCUGCCGUCGUCGAGGAAACCGGUGGGACCGAGGUAG